AAUUGCUUCACAAGAAAAAUCCCCCGACCGCCGCCCCGGCCGUCCGCUACCUAUAAACCUUUUUUUUUCCUCCAGACUCUCCGGCCUCCCGCCCUUCUCCCGACUUCUUCUUUUUUCCUACUUUCUUCAAUUUCGCAUGCUCGACAGGUCUUGAUCGGCUCUUGUCUUGUCUCUCACAACGCCUCAAUCGCGAAAGGUGCACGCGACAUAUCGUCUCUGCCCUGAAGCCCCCUCCUCUUAGUCGUCAUCCUGCUCGGUCAAAACACCCCCCUUUUUCGACCUCGAAUAUCGUUCAGACGUAACCAUUUGUCACUACAACAACAACAACUUGCGACAAUGACUGCUGCCGAAUCGCCCAUGGCUCAGUCUACCGCCCCGGCCUCGGCCGGCAAAGACCAGAUCGCGACCCGCCGUCGUAGAAAGUCGAGCGUGCGAGGCCACGGCCACGGUCACGACGCCAACGCCCGCCAGCCCUCCAAGCAGGAGCAGCUCGACCGUCUCUCCAAGCGCAGCCGCGCCCGCGCCAUCCUCCGCCGCUGCAAGCAUAUUGCCGUCAAGCACACCUGGACCACGCCCCUCGUCAUGGUCCUGGUCUUCCUCUCCCUCUACGCCGUCAACCCCACCGAGUCCAACAUCAUCCACCACUUCAUCUUCCUCUCCUACAAGAUCCCCCAGCAAGGUCUCGACGCCGCCGCCGCCGGUGCCGACUCUGACGCGCCUGCGCAGUAUGGAAAGGGUCUCUGGGAUAUCGCUUUCGUCUGCUUCUACGCCACAGUCCUCUCCUUCACCCGCGAGUUCAUCAUGCAGGAGCUCCUCCGCCCGCUCGCAAAGUCCCUCGGCAUCCGCUCCCGCGGAAAGCAGCUGCGCUUCAUGGAGCAGGCCUACACCGCCGUCUACUUUGGCAUCCUCGGCCCCUUUGGGCUGUACGUCAUGAGCCGCACGCCCGUCUGGUACUUCAACACCACCGGCAUGUACGAGACGUUCCCCCACAAGACCCACGAGGCCGUUGUCAAGUUCUACUACCUGUUCGAGGCGGCCUACUGGGCGCAGCAGGCGCUCGUCAUGCUCCUCGGUCUCGAGAAGCCGCGCAAGGAUUACUACGAGCUCGUCGCGCACCACUGCGUGACGUUGGCUCUCAUCGGCCUGAGCUACCGGUUUCACUUCACCUACAUGGGUAUCGCUGUCUACCUGACCCACGACAUCAGCGACUUUUUCAUGGCAAUGUCCAAGACCUUCAACUACGUUGACGCACCCAUCACCGGUCCCUGGUACUGCCUGUCCCUCGCCUCGUGGAUCUACCUCCGCCACUUCAUCAACCUCAAGAUCCUGUGGUCCAUCCUCACCGAGUUCUCCACCGUCGGCCCCUACGAGCUCAACUGGGAGACCCAGCAGUACAAAUGCCUCCUCUCUAAGAUCAUCACCUUCAGCCUGCUUGGCCUCCUCCAGUCCCUCAACCUCUUCUGGCUCUUCUUCCUCGUGCGCAUCGGAUACCGCUACGUCUUCCAGGGCGUCGAGCAGGACGACCGCUCCGAGGCCGAGGAGUCCGAGGCCGAGCCCAUGGAGACCAUCGACGAGGUGGCCAAGAUCGACGUCGCGCCCGUGGCGGCUGCUGCUGGCGGGGAGGCUGCGCAGGCUGUCGCGAACGGCGUGGCUAAGGCGGCUGGCGGGGGUGGCAUCGCGUCGCGAACCAGGAGCCGCCGCGCUGCGUGAGGCAGGGCAACUUUUGAGGCGGUUGGGAAAUGGGCUUGACGAAUUCCUAUGGUUCUGAGCUACCUGCGUACAACUUUUUGGGGGCGAGCAUCCUUUUGCUCGGACUUUUGUACAUGUAUCAUAUUCUUCAUUUUAAUAACGCCUAAUGUGUAAUGACAACAAACAUUGAUCACCAAUUUCAU